AUGGCAUCUCCAAAAUACACUUGGCUCAUCACCGGCUGCUCCUCUGGGUUUGGCCUUUCAUUGACCCGCGCUGCCCAAGCCGGCGGCCAUCGAGUUAUCGCAACUUCCCGUGAGCCUUCUCGAACUCCAGACUUGGUCGCAGAGAUUGAGGGCAAUGGAGGUAAAUGGGUCCAGUUAGAUGUGGAUAGCCCACAAAGCGGCGAAGUGAUCGCCGAGCUGGAAAAGGGCGGUGACCAUAUCGAUGUGCUGGUGAAUAACGCUGGCUACUCUAUCCACGCGCCCGUUGAGACCUUCACCGAAGAGGAGAUUCGCUCUCAGAUGGAGACUAUGUUUUUCAGUCCGCUGCGCCUGAUUCGCGCGGUCUUGCCCUACAUGCGACAACGCCGGGCAGGUGUCGUUGUCAACAUGAGCAGUGGCGCCUCGCUCGAUGGCAUCCCUACCAUGAGCGUCUACGCAGGCGCGAAAGCUGGAUUAGAUGCUCUCACCAGGAUUCUGGCGAAAGAAGUAGCUCCCUUCAACAUUCGCACUCUGACCGUGAUUCUCGGCACGUUCAACACCAACAUGCAGAAUUCCGCCAUCUUCGGCAAGACUCCUUUCCCUGACGAUUACAACGGGACCAUCACCCAGCAGAUGCAACACUUCCUCGCCAGUGGAAAGCUGGUGCCGAAUGGCGACAAAGACAAGGCGAUGCAGGCCUUGUACCAAGUUAUCGUUGGCGAGGGAGUCGGGGCAGGACACGAGGCAGAGAAGUUGUUGCCUCUGGGAAGUGAUAUGACACCUCGUCUCCAGGGAGCUAGAGAGUAUCUUGGUCAUGCUCUGGAGGUGUUUGAUUCAGUGACCAACAGUGUGGAUGUUGAGAAGUAA